AUGAGACCAAAAAAUGUUGAUAGUAUUGUAUUGGCUCCUUGCUCGUUACAUAAUUGGCUGCGAAAAACAUCCGAUAUGUAUAUCACUCACAGAUGCGUCGAUUUUGAAGAUGUACAACAACGUGUUGUUGUACCAGGAGCAUGGAGGAUACAACUGCGUACAGCUAUGGGAAGCCUACCACCUGCGCGUCAUAGUAACCAUGCCUCUCGAAAGGCAGAAGCAAUAAGAAACGCUUAUGCACAACUUUUUGAAACUACAGAAGCGGUACCAUGGCAAGACCUGUACUUAUAG